AUGACCAACAUAUCAGCCUCUGAAACCAGCAAGACUAGGCUAGGCUUGCGUGUCUUUGCUGUACUUUUGGCCGUCGUUGCAAUGUCAGUCUUUGGGGCCUCAUGGCGCAGCCAGCCUUGGGUAUACUAUAUCAUUAUCGGUAUCCCAGGAAUUUGGUCUUUGGUCAAUGUGAUCCUAAUCACCCUCAAACGGCCUAUCCACCCUGGUGCCCAUGUUGCCCUAGAUUUCAUCUUUACAGUCCUCCUGUGGUUUUUCGGAUUGUUCGGCCUUAUAAGCGAGCCCGUAUACUAUAGAAAUAGAUACUCAGGGGCCUCGCUGUGGGCCAUGCUCAUCGCUGCUUUCUCACUCAUGGUUGUCAAUGGUUUACUCCAUUUUGUUCACUUUGUCCUAGGUUGCUGCGAUGUACACUGGAGACGCCAUGCUUCAUCCAUCGACUACAAUCCUCGGAAGGGAGAUAUUCAAGACUCGGCCUAG